AUGUCGUAUCCAACUAAGGAACAGCGAAAAUUAUGCUGGGAUGCCAGAGACCGUUACUGGGAAUGUCUAGACAAUGAAAAUAUCAAAGACAGUUCUCUGAAACCAAAAGUCUGUUUAGAAUUUAGAAGAGUAUUUGAAAAUUCAUGUCCCACUCAAUGGGUGACGCACUUCGAUAGGAAACGAGACUUUAAUGUUUUCAAAGAGAAAAUGCAAAAAGAAGGCUAUGAGCCAAUAAAAGAAUCGCAAUAA